GGGUGGCUAGCAUAUGUACUUCCUAGCCGAAGAUGGUGGCAGAAUCUUUGUCGUCAGCAUAAACACAGGACAACAGCACCCCGCCCACGUGAUGUGGGGCUACAUUAGCACCUUCUGAACGUGAUUGUUCAUUGAAGCACCAAGUCCACCAGCACACAGCAACAGAACGACAACUUCUCACUAUACUCUCUGUUCUUCUUCCACUAUGGGUAUUUCCUCAACACAAAAAUCCUUCAACCUCGCCAUAAUAGGCGGAGGCAUCUCUGGUCUCACCUGUGCAAUUGCACUCCACAAACGCAAUAUUCCCGUCACAGUCUAUGAGAGCGCGGCUUCUUUUGGUGAGAUCGGUGCCGGCUUAGGCUUCCAACCGAACUUCGUGCACACCAUGGAGUUGAUUGCGCCUGGUAUUAAAGAAGGAUUUCUCCGCUGUGCCAACAACGAGGAAACCGAUCCGCCGAAAUGGUUCGAUGUGCGAAUAGGCGACACUCGAAAAGCCGACCGCGAAGGCUUUGUUCGCAAGAAAGAUGGCAGGAAGAUCAAGCUCGGUGAGCGUAUCUUCAUGAUUCCUGCGAGACCGGGUCCAAGAGGAGGCGUCCAUCGCGCACACUUCCUUGACGAACUCAUCAAACUUCUCCCUGGGGGCAUAGCUCAGUUCAAGAAAAGAUUGCUUGACGUUACUAAGGCGGACAAUGGCGAUGCAGUGUUGCACUUUGCAGAUGGCACGACGGCACAGCAUAGUGCUGUUAUUGGCUGUGACGGGAUUAAAUCGCGCACACGGGAAAUAGUCCUCGGCAAGGAAGAAGCACGCCCGCUAUUCUCAGGAAAGUAUGCCUACAGGGCUAUUCUUCCGAUGCAGAAAGCGCUCGAGUUUCUGGAUGACAAGCAAGCGACGAUACCGCAGAUGUAUUGUGGCUACAAACGCCAUGUUCUCACGUUUCCGAUUGCCAAUGGCACUAUCUUCAACGUGGUGGCAUUCAGCUCCCGAGACGAGUGGACCAACCCCGAGUGGGUAGUCAAAACAUCGAGAGAAGACAUGCUCGCAGACUACGCACAUUGGGACGAGAAAGUCAAAACUAUCAUAGCGAACGUGAAGAAUCCGGAUAUCUGGGCGCUCUACAAUCAUGCCCCAGCCCGCACAUUCUAUCAAAGCCACCCGCGUAUAUGCUUGCUUGGUGACGCGGCCCACGCUUCGACGCCACAUCAGGGGUCUGGCGCAGGAAUGUGCGUCGAGGACAGCUACGUACUUGCGGAAUUGCUAGCCGAGAUAUCCGGGGCAGAUGAACUCGAGACGGCGUUCCGGGCUUACGAUGCGGUGAGGCGUCCAAGGGCACUGAAAUUGGUUGAAACGAGUCGUCAAGCCGGGAUGCUGUGGGAGCUUGAAGGCCCUGAGGGUGACGAUCUCGAUGCUUUUGAAAAAAACGCAAACACUAGGAUGUCGUGGAUAUGGGAUCACAAGAUUGAGCAGGACCUCGAGAGGGCGCGGGAGCUGCUGCGUGUAUAGCUGCAGCAGUCUCAUUACAGCGCUGUUUACCUGACUAGAGUGGAAGACUGGUUUUCAGACCAUCUGC